AUGGGAACGUUGUCAAUUCAAGGAAGAUCUACAUUCAGGAAUGAACUUUGUGCCAUUGGUCAAAUUAUUCUGCGACUUACUAGAAUUGUGAUACCGAAAACUCUGCGUGCCAGGAUUCUUGAAUUAGGACAUGAGGGACAUCCCGGAAUUGUUGUGAUGAAGAGAAACUUGCGUUCAAAACUAUGGUGGCCAGGAAUGGACAGAAGCGUAGAAAAAACCUGUCGUAGUUGUCAUGGAUGUCAAUUAGUUAGUGCACCGUCUAAACCAGAACCCAUGAUAAGAACUCAGCUGCUAGAUGCUCCAUGGGAACAAUUAGCUGCAGAUUUCAUGGGACCUCUACCUUCUGGUGAUUACCUGUUCGUUUUAGUGGAUUACUAUUCGAAGUACAAGGUUGUGGAAGUUAUGAGAUCCACUACAGCAGAGAAAACUGGACAGUUUUUGAAAAAGAUCCUUAGUUUCUUUGGACUACCGUUGUCUAUAACUACUGAUAAUGGACCACAAUUCGCGAGUGAAGUGUUUGCCACAUAUAUGCACGAGAACCAGAUACAUCAUCAUAGAAUAACCCCAUUGUGGCCUCUGGCUAAUGGUGAGGUCGAACGACAAAAUCGAUCCCUUAUGAAGAGUAUUAGAAUUGCGCAGUCAGAAAAGAAAAAUUGGAAGGAUGAAUUUGACAAUUACCUCAUGAGGUACCGUUCAUCGCCACACUGUGUUACAGGGAAAAGUCGAUCAGAACUUAUGUUUGGAAGGAAGAUGCGUACGAAAAUUUCUCAGGUAUAUGAUUUCCAUAUGGAUGAUUUUGAAAUACGUGAUCAAGAUGCGGAGAUAAAAGAGAAAGGCAAAGACUAUGGUGAUAAGAAGCGUGGAUGUACACAGAGUAAUGUUAUUCCAGGAGACAAAGUACUUGUUAAACAACAUCGCGAAAACAAGUUGGAUCCAACAUUCAAGCCAGAACCCAUGAUUGUGAAGGCUAAGCAUGGAAACAGUGUUAUUCUAGAUUCCAAUGGAGUGGAAUACAAACGGAAUGUGACCCAUGUGAAAACGUAUAUUGAACAGCCGUUGUGUCAAGAGACUACUGUUCCGUCACCUGUUGUGAUGCCCCCUAUGGAUUCACCGCCUGAACUACAUGUUGAUCCGCCGGUAAAAACUAUUGACAGUCCAGAAUUGUGUGAAACCGAAUCUAUUCCAGUUGAAUUGCCGACCAGUAGACCGUAA